GUGUGGACACCUCCCGGACGUGGGGACACCUCCCGCCUCGCUUAAUGCUGGCUCGGCGGCAGGCAGCCGGGACUAACUGCCAACUGAGGCAAAGGAGGGCACUCCUGCGCCUGGGACCGAGGAGCUCCGAGGCGGGGGAGGAAGUCUUACGGUUUGGGGCUUCAGGACGCGGCUUCUGCUCGGGCCUCCGCACGGCGCUCCCCGCUCCGGAUCCGCCGGGAAGGGACCGCCCGGCUCCUCGCCUGUCACAAGACAGGACCUGUCGGCCUGUGCUCGGAGACACCUCCGAGAGCGCAGUGGGAGUCCGCGGCUUCACGUCCCCACGAAACUGGACUCCUUUUUGCUGCGAAUCGCUGGCUUUCCUGGAAAUCUGCAGACUGCCUCCUCCCGGCCGGACCCGGCUCCGCGACCAGAGGCCCCAACCUCGCGGGGGGCGCCGGGAGAUGACCAGCCGGUGGGUGUGGCCCAGGUGGAACCGGAGCCUCGGGGUGGAGUCCGGAGGCCAGGGGGAGGAGGGAGGGAGAGAAGCGGCCGUUGCAGGGGCCAAGGCGUCCCACGUGAUGGAGGCAGGGCUUGGGGAGCAGUGGGCGGGGCCUGAGAUGCUGGUCCUGGGCGUGAUGGGAGGAAACGGGGCUUCGGGGAGCAGGAGGCCCCGCCCGGUGGGGGCUGAGACUCCUCUCCCUGCCUCCCUUGCAGAGGUUAGACAGAAGCCCCAAUUUUAA